CACUGCCGAGAGCGACUUUCAAACUCGCGCCCGCGUCGCGGCCGCACCUGGGCAGCCUCUUGCGCCGAGCGUGCCGGACCCUGCGGGGCGGCGACCGUGCGAAUCUCCCCGGAGUGCCCUCGCCAGGCAGCGAUGCCAGGAUGCCUGUGUCGGCCACGCUCCGCCAAGAUGGGAGCCAGGGGCGGCCGGUGAGCCUCGCCUCCACCACCUCGUCGUCGGGUUCGUCCCGUGACAGCCGUGGUACCAUGGAGGAGCCCAGCGGCCCAGAGGCCGCGGCCGAGAAUGGGGCGGACUCCCCGCGCGGCCGGCACCCCGCCAUCGGCAACCCCAACUCCAGCGGCUGGCUGAGUGUGCGCGGGCCCCUGUCCCCGUUCAGCAGCCGGGCCCCUGCCGCCCCGGCGCUCAAGCUCAGCUACCUGGGCCGAGUGGUGCGGGAGAUUGUGGAGACGGAGCGGAUGUACGUGCAGGACCUGCGCAGCAUCGUGGAGGACUACCUCUUGAAGAUCAUUGACACGCCUGGGCUGCUGCAGCCAGAACAAGUCAGCGCCCUCUUUGGGAACAUAGAAAGCAUCUAUGCCCUGAACAGCCAGCUGCUCAGAGACCUGGACGGCUGCAAUAGUGACCCCGUGGCUGUGGCCAGCUGCUUUGUGGAAAGGAGCCAGGAGUUUGAUAUCUACACCCAGUAUUGCAACAACUACCCCAACUCAGUGGCCGCCCUCACCGAGUGCAUGCGGGACAAGCAACAGGCCAAGUUCUUUCGGGACCGGCAGGAGCUGCUACAGCACUCUCUGCCCCUGGGCUCCUACCUGCUGAAGCCUGUCCAGCGCAUCCUCAAGUACCACCUGCUGCUCCAGGAAAUUGCCAAACAUUUUGACGAAGAAGAAGAUGGCUUCGAGGUGGUGGAGGAUGCCAUCGACACCAUGACAUGUGUGGCCUGGUACAUCAAUGACAUGAAGAGGAGGCACGAGCAUGCAGUCCGGCUCCAGGAGAUUCAGUCACUGCUCAUCAAUUGGAAGGGACCAGACCUGACUGUCUAUGGGGAGCUCGUCUUGGAGGGCACGUUCCGUGUGCACCGCGUGCGCAACGAGAGGACCUUCUUCCUCUUUGACAAAGCGCUGCUCAUCACCAAGAAGCGAGGCGACCACUUUGUCUACAAGAGUCACAUCCCGUGCUCCUCCCUGAUGCUGAUUGAAAGCACCAGAGACUCCCUGUGCUUCACCGUCACCCACUACAAGCACAGCAAGCAGCAGUACAACAUCCAGGCCAAGACAGUGGAGGAGAAACGGAGCUGGACUCACCACAUUAAGAGGCUCAUCCUGGAGAACCACCACACCACUAUCCCCCAGAAGGCCAAGGAGGCCAUCUUGGAAAUGGACUCCUACUAUCCCAGCCGGUACCGCUGCAGCCCAGAGCGCCUGAAGAAGGCUUGGUCCUCCCAGGAUGAAGUGUCCGCGCACGUGCGUCAGGGGCGCCGGCAGUCUGAGCCCGCCAGACACCCACUCAGGCAACUCAGCGAGAAAGCAAGCAAAACAGCAGGAAUGAAGCAUGCAGGCAGUGCCGGCGCUCUCCUGGACUUUGGGCGGCCUCCUUAUGCUCAGGGCGUACAGCCAGAGGCUGAAGGGGCUGCCCGGGAGGAACAGGAGGAGGAGGAGGAGGAAGAGGAGGAGGAGGAGGAGGUUGUGGUGGAGGAGGAGGAACAGGCCUUUCAGGUGUCUCUGGAAGACUUGGCAGGGCAUGAAGGCAGCAAGAAGGGGGCCAGGCUGGAACCCCAAGGCUCGGAGGAGGAGGAGGAGGAGGAGAGCCUGGCAGUGGCGGAGCAGGUAGCCGACUUUGCCAGCUCCCUGCUGGCCGCCCUCCACUGCUGGCACUAUCGGGCCAACGCUUUACUUUUCUCCCGGGGCGCUAUGGAGAAGGGGCGUAGGGAGUCCGAAGGCCCCAAGGGCCGCAGAAGGCCCAGCAGCCGGUCUCCGACUAGUGCUGAGAAGCGCAUGAGCUUUGAGUCCACCUCUUCGCUGCCAGAGGUUGAGCCGGACCCUGAGCCUGAGACAGAGCAGGAAGUAUUUGCUGCUGUGGAAGGCCCCAGCAUCGAGGAGCUGUCCUCAGACACGGAGUCUCCAGAGGUCCUGGGAACACAGCUUGAUGCCCACCGGGAGCUGCUGGGGCUGGACCCCCCGGGGGACAUGGUGGACUUUGUGGUGGCCGAGAGCACCGAGGACCUGAAGGCUCUGAGCAGUGAGGAGGAGGAGGACAUGGGUGUCACACAGGAGCCCGAGAGCCUCCUGCCACCGUCCGUGCUGGACCAGGCCAGCGUCAUUGCUGAGCGGUUUGUCAGCACCUUCUCUCGGCGGAGCAGCCUGGCCCUGGAGGACGGCAAGGCCAGUGGCUUCGGGAGCCCGAGGCUGACAAGCCGGAGCAGCAGUGUGCUCAGCCUCGAUGGCAGCGAGAAGGGCUCAGCCCGGCGUGGCAGCACCACCGACUCGCUCAGCUCGCAGCUGCCCCCAGACGUGGACGGCGGUGUAGGGGCGGCCAUGGAGAGCAGCCCUUCGGUCAACGGGACAGAGCCCCCGAGCCCAGGCUGCCCAGCAGAGCCCGACAGGUCUUCCUGUAAGAAGAAGGAGUCGGCCCUCUCCACCCGAGACCGGCUGUUGCUGGACAAGAUCAAGAGCUACUACGAGAACGCAGAGCACCACGACGCAGGCUUUAGCGUCAGGCGCCGAGAGAGCCUCUCCUACAUCCCCAAGGGGCUGGUCAGAAACUCCGUUUCCAGAUUCAACAGCCUUCCCAGGCCGGACCCAGAGCCGCUGGCUCCACUGGGGCACAAGAGGCAGGGGGGCCCCCGGCCGGCCUCGUGGGCCAUGUUUGACCUCCCAGGCCCCAGCCUGGCCAGUGCUGGGGAGCCAGCUAUCACAGACGCUGAGUUCCGACCGUCCUCAGAAAUCGUGAAGAUCUGGGAGGGAAUGGAGUCUCCCAGGGAGGGCUCUCCGAAGGGGCCCGGCCAAGGCCAGGCCAAUGGUUUUGACCUGCACGAACCGCUCUUUAUCCUGGAGGAGCACGAGCUGGGGGCCAUCACCGAGGAGUCGGCCGCUGCCUCCCCUGAGAGCGCCUCCCCCACGGAGCGGCCCAGCCCGGCCCACCUGGCCCGGGAGCUGAAGGAGCUCGUGAAGGAGCUGAGCGGCGACGUCCAGGGGGAGCUGGUGGCUCCCCUGCACCCCCGCAUCGUCCAGCUCUCCCACGUGAUGGACGGCCACGUGAGCGAGCGCGUCAAGAACAAGGUGUACCAGCUGGCCCGCCAGUACAGCCUGCGGAUCAAGAGCAAAUCUGUGCCGGCCCAGCCACCGCUGCGUCGGGGAAAGGGGACUCCCACCAUUCCCUGCCUGCAGGAGGAGGCUGGAGCGCCCUCCGGCGGCAGAGGUAAGAGAAAACCGGUACUGUCCCUCCUCAACGAUGACCAGACGGUGGCCCCGGAGCAAAGCCCACCCAAGCCCUGCUCUCCUCGGCAUUUCUCCUUCAGCCCCACUGCUGCCAGCCCAAGGACCACGUCACCAGGGGUCCGGCCCUCCUCGCGGAGCCCCCUCAGCCCCUUCGACACUGAGACCUUCGACUGGCCUGACGUCCGAGAACUCUGCUCCAAGUACACCUCCCACGACGAGGCGUUCCAGGCCGAGGGCACCCGGCCCCGCGGCCAGCCUGUCAACCGGAGCCGCUCGCUGCCCGAGAACAUGGUGGAGCCCCCUCUGGCGGGCAGGGUGGGCCGCUGCUGUAGUGUGGGCGCCAAGAGGGGCCGGGCAGACCCAGAGGCCACUGAGUCCCAGCUUCCUGGGGGGUUGCGCCAAAGCAGGCCAGUCGGAGAGGAGGCCCUGUAUGUCACCGCAGACCUCACCCUGGAGAACAACCGGCGGGUGAUCAUCCUGGAGAAGGGGGCCCGGCCCUGCCCCACUGUGGGGCUGGAGGAGGGCAGCGGGCAGGGACCAAGCGCACCAGCAGCCGCGGUGGGACAGGACCUGGAUUUCCAGGAGUCUGGGAUUUCCAGGAGUCCAGAGUAUUGGCCAAAGGAAGAGGGUCCCAGGGACCCAGUGGACCCAGGCCAGCAGGGCAGAGUGAGAAACCUGAGGGAGAAAUUCCAGGCCUUGAACUCCAUAGGGUGACACUGAGUCCAAGGAGAGGGGGGAGCCAUGUGGCAAGGGGGAUGGGGAGGUACCUCAGCAGGCUUGCCCUCAGGCCUGGGCUCACGCUACUCAUGAGGGCCCAUGGAAGAAUGCUCUGGUCUACUUGACAAAUGUCUUCACCUGCUGGGAGCGUGCUGGCGCUCCCCUGGGCUCAGGGUGACUUUUCCCAGGCCCAGGUGAGCCCCUCUUCCCACCGAGGCCAGUGUGACCACUUCCCUUGUAUAUAGUUCUUCUCUGGUGAGAAGCUGAAUAUUUAAGCUUUCCUCUCUUCCCAGGGAGAGCAAGCCGUGCUCAGGCCUCCAGGGUUGGGCUGACCACUUCCAGGCUGAGGGGCCCACCCGGAGGAGACGUGGGAAGGUGGCCUGCGGAGGCUUUGCUCUUUAAUUGUGUCUUUUGUUAGGAUCCAGGCAGGAGCAAGGCCCAUAAUUUAUUGCUUUCCAUUCCAUGGUGUGUGUGCGUGCACACAUGUGUGUUUGUGUUCUUGUUGAUUGCUCUCCCGCGAAGAAUGUAACGUGCUCAGUUCAGGUACUUUUGCAGGUGGUUUUGCGAUCCUGUGGUUGUCACUAAUGUAUGUACAUUUCAUUAUUUGCCAAUGGUGCAAUAACCACUGCUGACCAACCGG